GCCCAGAUCCAAGAAAAGGCCCAAAUGUGUAGAUGAAUCUUCUCCUUCAACAUUUCUGCAUCGUUACCGUACUUGGUCUCGGCCGGUUAAGCCUCCUCCAACAACAUUAAACCCUUAAACCCUAAAAACGUGAAGAAAGAAAGAUUGCCCUUCCCUUCCCUUCUCUGCAUCUGUAUUUUUCGUUCUUUCCCAUUUUUCCUUUGUCGAAACUCUAAACUUUAUACCUCCCUACUCUGCUAAGUGAUCACCAUGCACCGGUUCGCCACUACCCUCGUCUCCAAAGCCAGGUUGACUAAGAAUGGCACUCAGCAGAUUGGUAGUAGAUUGAGUUGGACGAGGAACUAUGCAGCAAAAGACGUUAAAUUCGGGGGUCAAGCCCGUGCCUUGAUGCUUAGGGGUGUUGAAGAGCUCGCUGAUGCUGUGAAAGUGACAAUGGGACCUAAAGGUCGCAAUGUUGUCAUUGAGCAAAGUUAUGGUGCCCCUAAAGUUACUAAAGAUGGUGUUACUGUGGCAAAAAGUAUUGAAUUCAAGGAUAGAGUAAAGAAUGUCGGUGCUAGUCUUGUAAAACAAGUGGCAAAUGCUACCAACGAUGUGGCCGGAGAUGGUACUACGUGUGCAACAGUUCUCACUCGUGCAAUAUUUAAGGAAGGCUGCAAGUCAGUAGCUGCAGGGAUGAAUGCUAUGGAUUUAAGGCGUGGGAUUACAAUGGCAGUUGAUGCUGUCGUAACAAACUUGAAGAGCAGGGCAAGAAUGAUCAGUACAUCGGAAGAAAUAGCACAGGUUGGAACAAUAUCAGCUAAUGGGGAAAGGGAAAUUGGUGAGCUAAUAGCAAAAGCCAUGGAGAAAGUUGGCAAGGAGGGUGUCAUCACCAUUGCAGAUGGGAAAACUUUGGAAAAUGAAUUAGAGGUGGUUGAAGGAAUGAAGUUGGACAGGGGCUAUAUUUCCCCUUUCUUCAUCACCAAUCAGAAAAACCAAAAAUGUGAAUUGGAAAAUCCACUUAUCUUAAUCCAUGAGAAGAAAAUCUCUAAUCUGAAUGCCAUAGUGAAGAUACUAGAGUUGGCUUUGAAGAAUCAAAGGUCUCUACUUAUUGUUGCUGAAGAUGUAGAAAGUGAAGCGCUCGCUACCCUCAUCAUAAACAAGCUCCGAGCUGGAAUCAAGGUUUGUGCCAUUAAAGCCCCUGGUUUCGGAGAAAGCAGGAAGGCCAAUUUACGAGAUCUUGCUGUUCUUACAGGAGGGGAGGUCAUAACUGAGGAGCUCGGUAUGGAUCUUGAAAAAGUCGGACCAGAAGUGCUCGGUACAUGCAAAAAGAUUACGGUAUCAAAGGAUGAUAGCGUCAUUCUUGAUGGUGCUGGUGACAAGAAAGCAAUUGAAGAAAGAUGUGAACAGCUGAGGUCAUCAAUUGAAUCGAGCACUUCAGAUUACGAUACAGAAAAGUUACAAGAGCGGCUUGCAAAGCUUUCCGGUGGUGUUGCUGUCUUAAAGAUUGGUGGAGCUAGUGAAACAGAAGUUAGCGAGAAGAAGGACAGAGUCACCGAUGCUUUAAACGCUACCAAGGCUGCCGUGGAGGAAGGAAUUGUGCCCGGUGGUGGUGUUGCCCUUUUAUAUGCUUCAAAGGAGCUUUCGAAGUUGCAGACUGCAAAUUUCGACCAAAAGAUUGGUGUUCAGAUCAUUCAAAAUGCACUUAAGAUGCCGGUAAGUACAAUUGCUUCUAAUGCCGGAGUAGAGGGGGAAGUUAUCGUUGCUAGGCUUUUGGAGCAAGACAAUCUUGACCUCGGAUAUGAUGCAGCAAAAGGUGAAUACGUGGACAUGAUAAAGGCGGGAAUCAUCGAUCCAUUGAAAGUCAUUAGGACGGCGUUGGUUGAUGCUGCAAGUGUUGCGUCGUUGUUAACUACCACGGAAGCUGUUGUUGUGGAACUUCCCAAGGAUGAGGAACCAUCUGCAAUGUCACCAGGCAUGGACUACUGAUGUUGAUUUUGUCAUCUAUACAUUUUUUUCUUCAAAAGUAGGAUUUGGCAAGAGAACAAGGAUCAAAUAUAAAAAUAAAAUAAAGAAAUUGCUAGAACUUAGAAGAGAAUUUUACACAAAAACCAGAAAGUUGAGAUAGAAAACUCUUUAUUCUUUAAAUCUUACUCUGAUUUUUGUUUCACUAUUUAUACCAAUUUUUGAGUUUAUUAUGAAAUUUGCUACACCAACUAUAGUGUCUGCUAAAA